CAGUCAAGAGUCAGGAAAAGUCAAUAUUGACAUCCUCGACGAUCCUCUUCUCUGUGGCGUGAAGUCUCCACUCUCUUCCUCCUUCUUUGGGUUGGACUCGAACCUAUGUAGGUAGUGCGUUGAGAGUAGAACUCCCUGGUCAAUGAGGCUGCCAUUGUUCACUUAGGUCAGGAACACGCACUAUUUAUGGCUCUCACUUCAGAGAGCUCUAGUUCAUUGGUAAAACAUUCGACUCCUAAAUCACCUUGCUGACCUUGGCUCCAUCUUUCGACGGCUGGCUAUUGUGACAAUUGGUUGAAGGGGUUGUUGCAUUUACUAUUGACAUUAAUGGUGGGUUCUGCAACGUUCGUAGAGACACAAGUAAACACACGCGCUGAGAACAACAUGAUGUGCUCGACUUUGUCUGCUGUCCCUUGGAUCGGUGGUGAGGAAAUCCCAGGAUUAAGGACUCUUCAGUGUGGAUAGAAACAGGCUCCAAAGAGCUUGAAGAUAGGUGCGAUGGCCUUAUCUCCAAGAUGCGAACUUCCCUCAUUCACCAUCAAGCAUCAAUUUCAAUAUCAGUGGUGUUGGAACAUCGGCAGCUCGUGAAUAAUUGCGCAAAAUGGCUUCAGCUCUCGAGAAAAUCAUGAAAGGCACGCUUCAGAAGAGUGAAGCCCAAAAGGCCUUCAACCCCUGGUGGGAGGAUUUGGAAGACAAGCUUCUUUAUGGAACCAUGAUCCUUGGAAUGAUCUCCCUGCCUUUCAAUAUGGUGUCCAACACUCCUGUGGAAUGCACUUUGAACCAAGACCAUCCGAGCUUCCGGAAUUUAUCCCUCGUGGACCAAUCCCCGAUGCGCUAUCAUCAUUUCUAUCUGCGGAAGUUCUGCACGAUGAAUUUCAUCCAUGAUUCGAUGGUUUUUCUCCCCUUUCUGUUGAUCUUGUGCCCAUUGCCCUUGGUUGGGAUAGAGAGGAUGUGUCUAAGGUUCUUUGGUGUUCUGAAGCGAAUGAAUGCUUUCUACACGCUCCUCGUCAAGGACUCUCUGGACCGUGAAGAUGUGGAAGCCUUUGAGAAGGAGAAGGCCAGGAGUUCCCACGAAAUCCUUCAAAUGUUCCGUGACAGCAAUGGCAUUUACUUCGCCUUCAUUGCUAAAUCCAUCAUCCAAUUGGGUUUCGGGCUGCUCAUAGCCAGUGGUCUCGUGUUUUUGCAGUGCUUUGGCCUUUCCCAAGAGGAAAUCCACUGCCAAGUGUUCUCGCAACAUUACCUCUGUGUGGUUCCAUUAGCGCGUUUCUACCGCCUCAUUGUCGUCCUAGCCACCACUGCCAUGUUUGGCUAUGUCGUGUGCACGCUCUACACUCUGUUAUGGAUCACAUGCUCCUCUCACCUGAGCUCAUUUCAUCGGUUCAUGGGAGAAUGCCAAGAUUAUGUUCGGAAAUGCAUCCACGAACCUACGAACGUGAAGCAUCAUGUUCCCAAGCCAGUGGCCGAGUUCCUAGGUCGUCAGAGCGGGGUUGAGCCGUUCUUUGAUGUGUUCUUUGAUAAGAACAGUCGAGAUCUUGGUCUUCUCAUCACGCUUCUGGCGUGCUCCAACGGUGUAGCCGAGGGUCUUCGCUUGGUCUCCUUGUUUGACAAGGAUUACCAGAUGCUGUGGAAGCCGGUGGAAACCCAAAUCUCUCAUGAUCCAUUUAGAGAUGGAGUGAUCCUGGUGGAAUGGACCGACGCUCCCCUGGCACCGUUUGUACACCAUCGACAGGGACAAUCGUGCAACAAAAUGAACGUGGAAUAUACGCUCGAAAUUGUUCCACCCGACUCAGAGGCACCCCUGAAGAACCGCCAGUUUCAAAAUGGCAGCCCAACUGAUUCACAGUUCAAGUACAAGGAGCAUUUCUUUGGCGUGGCCAUUACCUACCCAUCCAAACCUCGGCUCGCUCAUCAGCCCUUCUCAAUUCACACUGUCUAUGACUACGAGCCCGACGAGGACAAUUUGAGUACAUUGGCAUCCGUUCAAAAGAAACCUCCCAAUUGUGAUGUCAAGAUUGUCAUUUCGAGCGAGAUCAAUGGGCGGACAAUAGCUCAAAUUACGAAGAACGUUCCGCCUGCUCCUCAUCGGGCCGAUCGAGAAAGUCUAAUAAGUAGUAAAAAGCCUCUGGAUCGAGUCGCAUCGACCAUUUUAGAGAAGGCCACCGAGACACUACCACUGAUUUGCGCAUCUCCCCUCAGGGAUGAAAUAUAACAGACAACCAAUGACAGCCAGUUAUCUCACCUGUGUGACAAUGCCUGUGAUAAUGUGGAUCUUCUUCAAAUCAACUUGGAUCCAUUCCUUGACGCCCUCAUGAACCGCUUGUUUGGGGCACCAAGCUCCCCCACGAACGUCCACGUUUAAUCUAAAAUGAAAUGAAAAAAAACGUUAACAAAGUCAA